AUGCCGGACCUCCAAAACGACCUCAUCCUGAUCACUUGCGCCUCGGGGAAACAAUCCUCAGCAUUGAUCCCCCAUAUCCUAAGAUCAUACCAAAACAUUCGCUUGCAAUGCAACAGUGACACCUCAGCAAAAUCACUCUCGCAAAAAUAUCCAAACACCGAAGUCGUCCAAGCAGACCUCUUCAACGCAUCCGACUGCACCCGCAUCCUCAAAGACGUUACUGUGUGCUGGCUAGUCCUUCCUCCCUUCCACCCUCACGAGACAACUCUAGGGGUCACCUUCAUCGACGCCUGUAUUGCGCAAAAAGAGGCUAGAGGUUCAUUUGCACAUCUAGUCUACAGCAGCGUCAUCCACCCCAUCCUCCAAAAACUGCUGAAUCAUGACUGCAAGCGUUACAUCGAGGAAUACCUGAUCGAAUCUGGUCUCUCCUACACAAUCCUCCAACCAACCCACAUGAUGGAGAUGCUGCCACUAGCAAAACUAAUGCAAGACGAAAAGCCAAUCUAUCCUUGUAACUGGGACCCAAAGACCAAAUUCUCAUUUGUGACGACGAAGGAUGUAGGAGAAGCUGCUGCGAAAGUGUUGGAAAACAGGGAGAAGCAUGUGGCUGCUACCUAUCAGUUAGUCAGUACUGCUUCCCCAUUGAAUUAUGUCGAGGCUUGUGCUAUUGUGAGCAAGGUGAUAGGAAAAGAAGUCAAAGCGGAGCAGAGAGGGUUUGAAGAUGCUGUCAACACGAGCAUCAAGAUGAUCAAUGGGGGCAAGGAACCACCUAAGGCGAUGAAGGAGAUUGGUUCCAGGAUGUUCUUGUACUACAACGAGAGGGGACUGAUAGGAAACAACAAUGUCUUGGGAUGGCUUUUGGGAAGAGAGACGACUGGGUAUGAGGAAUGGGUCAAGCUGAAGGUCGAGGAGAUCAAGUCAGGACAAAACUAG